AGAUUAGAAGAAAGAAACAGUGUAACACCGCCACGCAAGGAAGGUGUUAAAAUCAUCAUCUUCGUCAGAUCCCAAAAGCCCAUCUUUGGAUGAACAUAACAAACCCUCUCAAUUCCAUUCAUCCCCAACAUCAUUCAAUCAAUCAACACAUCCCCCAAUUUUAUUCAUGAGAUUCAAUCCUUCAUAAUCUCAUCUUUCCCAAGAUUCAAUUUUUUUCUUCAGGGUUUCUUAUCUCGUUAAUUAAGCAUGGAUUACAGGAUGCCUAAUAACGAAGUUGAAGAAAUCGAUUACGUUGUAGAUGAGAUAGAUGUUUUGGAUUUUGUGAUGGAUGAUGUGGAAGGAGGCGGUGGUGGAGAUCACGUUGAGUAUGAUUAUGAUAUGGUGACGGAUACGUCUUCGGCUCAAGCAAGGAGAGGUAGAGACAUUCAAGGGAUUCCAUGGGAAAGAUUGAAUAUAACAAGAGAAAGUUACAGACAAACAAGGCUGGAACAGUACAGAAACUAUGAAAACAUUCCGUUAUCAGGUGAUGCUGUCGAUAAGAAAUGUAAACAAAAGCAGAAGGGUGGCAACUACUACGAGUUUUUUCACAAUACCAGAUUGGUGAAGCCUACAAUACUUCACUUUCAGUUAAGGAAUCUGGUGUGGGCCACCUCAAAACACGAUGUGUAUCUCAUGUCUAACUACUCGAUCAUGCAUUGGUCAUCGUUAUCACACACCAUGACUGAGAUCCUUAACUUUUCCGGACAUGUAGCACCUACUGAGAAACAUGCUGGGAGUUUGCUGGAAGGUUUUACGCAUACUCAGAUUAGUACUCUAGCUGUAAAGGAUGAUUUUAUAGUUGCCGGUGGAUUUCAAGGAGAGCUUGCUUGUAAGCGGCUGGAUAAACAGGGAGUGAGUUUCUGUACAAGAACAACUCAUGAUGAGAAUGCCAUAACAAAUGCCGUUGAGAUAUAUGAUAGCUUGAGUGGUGGAAAGCAUUUUAUGGCAUCAAACAAUGAUGGCGGUGUGAGAGAAUACGAUAUGGAAAGAUUUCAGCUUGUCAAUCACUUCCACUUUCCUUGGCCUGUGAAUCAUUCAUCGUUAAGCCCGGAUCGCAAGCUUAUAACUGUCGUUGGAGAUCAUCUCGAUGGACUUAUUGUGGACUCAUCAAAUGGAAAAACGGUUGCGUCGGUUGAAGGUCACCUCGACUAUUCAUUUGCAUCCGCAUGGCAUCCAGACGGAAACCUAUUUGCUACAGGGAAUCAAGACAAAACAUGUCGGGUAUGGGAUUUACGAAACCUUUCAAACCCGGUAUCCGUUCUCAAGGGCAACAUGGGGGCGGUGCGGUCACUCCGGUUUUCUUCAAGCGGGCAGUUUCUGGUGGUGGCUGAACCCGCUGAUUUCGUGCACGUUUACGACGGCAACUUAAACUACGAAAAGAGGCAAGAAAUCGAUUUCUUUGGAGAAAUAUCGGGGGUGACGCUUAGUCCUGACGAUGAAACGCUUUAUAUUGGAGUUUGGGACCGGACGUAUGCAAGUUUGUUACAGUAUAACAAACGACAUAACUACGGGUACCUUGAUUCCUUUGUGUAGAUCUAGGUUUAGUUCCAAGUACCUAAAAGUAAGAUUUCUAAUUGAGUUUUUUGGUUUGGAUUAUUCUGGUUUAGUUUUGGUUUAUAUGAUGGAUUAAGACUUGGGUGUUGUGUAAAACUUGUCAGGAAAAUGUAUAGGGGUUGUUAUCUUUUGAAGUAUGUGUUUCAUUUGGUCAAUUGUUCAGAUUAAUGUGAGGUUUUCUUUCUUUUUU